AUGUCCCUGAGAAGCAGCCUGUCGCGUCUCCUCCGGACGCGAGUGCAUUCCAUCCUGAAGAAGUCCGUUCACUCGGUGGCUGUGAUCGGAGCCCCGUUUUCACAGGGACAGAAAAGAAAAGGAGUGGAGUAUGGUCCUGCUGCCGUGAGAGAGGCUGGCUUGAUGAAAAGACUGUCCAAUUUGGGCUGCCGCCUAAAAGAUUUUGGAGAUUUGAAUUUUACUCCAGUCCCUAAAGAUGAUCUCUACAACAACCUGAUAGUGAAUCCUCGCUCAGUGGGCCUUGCCAACCAGGAACUGGCUGAGGUGGUUAGUAGAGCCGUGUCAAGUGGCUACAGCUGUGUCACUGUGGGAGGAGACCACAGCCUGGCAAUCGGUACCAUUAGUGGCCACGCCCGGCACUGCCCAGAUCUUUGUGUGAUCUGGGUUGAUGCCCACGCUGACAUCAAUACACCCCUCACCACUUCAUCUGGAAAUCUCCAUGGACAGCCAGUUUCAUUUCUUCUCAGAGAACUACAGGACAAGAUACCACAACUCCCAGGAUUUUCCUGGAUCAAACCUUGUAUCUCUUCCCCAAGUAUUGUGUAUAUUGGUCUAAGAGAUGUGGACCCUCCUGAACAUUUUAUUUUAAAGAAUUAUGAUAUCCAGUAUUUUUCCAUGAGAGACAUAGAUCGACUUGGUAUUCAGAAGGUCAUGGAACAGACAUUUGAUCUGCUAAUUGGCAAAAGACAAAGGCCAAUCCAUCUGAGUUUUGAUAUUGAUGCCUUUGACCCUACCCUGGCUCCAGCCACAGGAACCCCUGUUGUUGGAGGACUGACCUACCGAGAAGGCAUGUACAUUACUGAGGAAAUACACAAUACAGGGUUGCUGUCAGCACUGGAUCUUGUUGAAGUCAAUCCUCAAUUGGCGGCUUCAGAGGAAGAGGCCAAGGCUACAGCUAGCCUGGCAGUGGAUGUGAUUGCUUCAAGUUUUGGUCAGACAAGAGAGGGAGGGCACAUUGUCUAUGACCAACUUCCUACUCCCAGUUCACCAGAUGAAUCAGAAAGGGAAGAACGUGUGAGAAUUUAGGAAAUUCUGUGUGCUGACAUGUUUGUCACGAAAGACAUUCCCGAAUUAUGAGGCAUUUGAGGAGACAAAUACUAAAUGGUCAUCUGGGUCAAUACUGCCUUAAUGAGAACAUUUGCGCAUUCUUACAACUGUAAAGUUUCCUUUCCCCCUCCAUUUUGGUGACCAAUAAUACUACUGUAAGUUUGUUUUUUCUUUUUGCAGUUCACCGAGUAUUAAUAUGUUGGAAUACUACGUAAAUAUAAAGACGUCAUAAACAGCAUUUAUUACGUUGGUAUAUCA